AUGUCGUUCGCUCUUGGCGGAAAAACCGUCUUCCCUUACAACCAGAGAGUGUUUUGGUGUCGAGACGAGUCGCUGUUAAAACCGAACUUACGACCACAUAAUUUCAUCGUGUACGUGUCGUACGAUGUGCUUUACUGCGUGUCGUUUAUAGUUCCAGCAUUUGUGAUUUUGAUUGGCGAGCUUAUGUUUUGGCUAUUUUCCACGAAACCAAGGAAAACUGUCUUAGCCAACUGCCGAGAAUGCAAAGUCCACCUGUUUGUCCGGCGGCUCCUGAGAUUUAUAAGUGUCUUUAUGUUCGGCAUGUUGAUCGUGUUUAUCUUCACACAGACCAUCAAGCUAAUGACCGGCUUCCAAAGGCCUUAUUUCCUCACUCUGUGUCAACCGAACUUUAACAGUUUCUGCCAGGCACCAUAUGAGGUCGCUCCUUAUCCUUCGCCAUACGCAGCGUGCUUGAACCAGGAUGAAAAUGAACUUAGAGUGGCCUCAUUGUCCUUUCCUUCACUUCACGCCGCUUUGUCAUCGUUCGCCGCAAUAUUCACAUCGUGCUACAUACAUUACAUGGUCAGUCUGCGAGGGGCACCGCUUCUGCGUCCGUUUUUAAUCUUUGGAUUUCUCGGAAUGUGCAUGAUCGCCAGCUUCGCUCCAGUUCAAGGCUACAAGAACCACUGGGUGGAUGUGUGGUUUGGAUGGCUGUUGGGCGGAAUCACGGCCAUUUAUCUGUGUCACAACGUGCUGUGCUUCCAAGAGCUGUACAGCUUGGUUGAAGUAGAAGAGACUAUGGUGCCUCAGGAAAGAAUUUCACCCUUCUUCUCUUGGUUUAGAUUGCCAAGAGUUCACGCUAAGGAACCUGCCUACAGCGUAUACGGAGAAGACACGAUUCAACAAUUACCUACUUCAGACAGCGGAACACAGCUAAGAAAUCGAACUGAGUCUCGGCCACGUGACAACCAGCGGACAUAUGAAGUGACUACCACCACGGAAUCUUUCCAGCGGACAAUCGUACCUCCGCAGAGUGGAAUAUCAAAUUUAAAUAAUUUAAAUCUUAACUAUUAA